AUGCGACUAGCACUGACAGUCUUCUUCAUGGUGCUCUUUAUCCUGCUGUGUCUCCUGGGGAUCCUGGCAAAUGGCUUCAUUGUGCUGGUACUGAGCAGGGAGUGGCUGCGGUAUGGUAGGCUACUCCCCUCGGACAUGAUCCUUGUGAGCCUGGGAGCAUCCCGUUUCUGCCUGCAGUGGGUAGGGUUGGUGGGCAACUUCUACCAUUUCUUCCACCUAGUGGAAUAUUCUAAGGGUCUUGCCCGACAGUUCGUUGGUCUCCACUGGGACUUCCUGAAUACAGCCACUUUCUGGUUUGGCACCUGGCUCAGCGUGCUGUUCUGCAUGAAGAUCGCGAACUUCACACACCCCACCUUCCUCUGGCUGAGGUGGAGGCUUUCAGGGUGGGUGCCCCGGCUGCUUCUGGGCUCAGUCCUGAUCUCCUUCAUUGCAACCCUGCUGUUUUUUUGGGGGAACCAUGCUGUGUACCAGGGAUUCUUAACCAGAAAAACUUCUCAGAACGUGACCUAUAAGAACUGGAUCAGAAGGCUAGAGAUCCACUAUUUCCUGCCCUUGAAACUCAUCACUUUGUCAAUUCCUUGCUCUAUCUUCCUGGUCUCCAUUGUCCUGUUGAUCAAUUCUCUGAGGAAGCAUACAAAGAAAAUGCAGCACAAUUCCCCUAGCCUGCAGGACCCCAGCACCCAGGCUCACACCAGAGCUCUGAAGUCCCUCAUCUCCUUUCUCAUUCUUUAUGCCCUGUCCUUUGUGUCCCUGAUCAUUGAUGCUACAGGCUUUAUCUCCUCGCAGAGUGAGUGGUACUGGCCAUGGCAAAUUAUAAUCUACCUAUGCAUAUCUGUUCAUCCCUUCGUCCUCAUCUUCAGCAACCUCAAGCUUCGAGGCAUGCUCAGGCAGCUACUUCUGUUGGCCAGGGGCUUCUGGGUGACCAAGGUGGUGUGA